CUGAAGAAAUAAUCUCAAAUUCUGGACUGAAAUAUCUUCAGUCAGAUGACAAACCUGUCAUUGUGUGUUUAUAUGAUCACUCUUUUGCAUUAUGAAAUUGCGUCAAGUCUUGAAUCUAACUGAACAUAUCAGUGUCAUCCCUAUAAAUUUCAUUUUCGCACAUUCAGUACACUCAUGGUCAGUUCAAAAUCUUCUCUUUUGAUUGACGUAAAUUUAUAUUAUUAUUUUUAACUAUUUAAAUGUAUAAAUAUUGUCAAUAGCUUGUACAAGUAUCUAAUCUUGAAACACAAAUCAUAACAAAUCAUUCCAAUGUGACAACUGGAGAAAUUACAACAUGGCAGAAAACUCUUGUAAUGACAAACAUGAAUUUGUUUUCAAUAUCAUAGUUCCAGUCACCUGAAAAGGAAAUGUGCUCUGCCUGUUUGACACCCGUCUAUCCGAUGGAAAAAAUGGUGGCCAAUAAACUUAUCCUGCACAACAUGUGUUUUUGCUGUAAACACUGUCAGAAGAAACUCAGCGUCCACAACUAUUCAUCUCUUUAUGGCGAGUUCUACUGCGUUACUCACUUUCAACAGCUUUUUAAAAGAAAGGGAAAUUAUGAUGAGGGAUUUGGUCACAAACAACAUAAAGACCGCUGGAUUCAGAAAAAUAAAGGAAUAGAUGAGCCCAACAACUUGUCCACUCCCAAAACUACAAAACCCAAAUCAAACACUCCUGAUGGCUCAAGGGAUUUCUCUGCCGGUGCGUUUGUUCCAAAGUCAUCUGUGAGAGAGCCAGGGUUUAACAGUGAUAAUGAUGUUAAGGGCAAACUAAAAAUGAGCUGGCCACCUGAGAAGAAGAAUACAGAGAUGAAAACUUUAGAGAAAAUAUGUACACCAACUUUGAAGAAUAAGAUACGUGACAUCAGUACAACAGUUACUUGUGAUAUGAGUUUUAAGGAGAAUGCUAAAAGUGAGAAGAACCAAUCAAAGAUCAACCACCGAGGAGAAAUGAAAGACAACAGUGUCGAGCAACAAUCAAAGAAGGCAGGAGUUAAGGCAGCUGAAUUACCUUUAGAGAAACCAAACCCCUGUAGGGAGCCAACCAGAACUGGACGCAUCCAGCAGAACAGCAUCUUUCCAACAGCGCCAAGCUUUUCUUCACCCUCCAUAGUAAAGGACUUUACUGGAUCAAAUUGUAAAACACAGCAGACAAACCCGGCACCCACCUCAAACAAAAAACAUAAUCCAACAGUUAAGAGGCUGGACAAGAGCAGGAAGUUUGUACGAUUUUCUUCUCAUGUUGAGGUGGCUCACCAGGAGGAGGUCUCAGAUCAGCGUGAGCAAAAUCAAGAAAAUAUAUCCCAGGAUGAUAAAGAUGACAAAAACAACUUUGAUCAUUUUACAUAUGACUUGAAUCAAAAAUGUGAGGCGAGCAUUGAAAUCCCUGAUGAUAUAUCUCACGAAAAAACAAGCAGAACAUCGGUCCAGGAGCCUCAUGUUAAAGUGGUGAGCAUUCAAGUGAGUUCCCAAGAUGAAAUGACAAUACCGAAUGGAGUCAUUGAGAACGAAUUGCAUGAAAGUCAUAUAAAAGAUUUUAAAUCAAUUCAAGAUGAUAUGACACAUCAAAGGUCAUUGGAUCAACUGGAUGUUACUCCAAUGGGCUCAGUUAAUCCAUCGGAAUCACAGGAGACAAAUACUGUUUGCAGUUCUGCAGGAGAGAAAAACAAAGACGAGGCGAUUGAAAAUCCAUAUGAAAAGAUUGACUCCGCCAAUGAUCAAGAAAAUGAUGAUAUUCAGAAGAAGCCUGUUGCCAGAACAGAUUCUCUGAAGGGUUCUGUGAAACCUGUUGAUAAGACAAAGGUAAAACUGGGAUCCUGGUCCAAAGGAAAGAGUCCUAUGUCUAAGCUCUUUAUGUCAGGUGGGAGUGACAGAGCAAACACAGUUGAACAGAAAGAUGCCAAGAGACCAGACACCAAACUGAGCGCUGGAGUUUUUGGUAGACUGUUUCAGUCAUCCUCAGAGAAGCCUGAGGACAUCAGAAAAUCAGCUGCAGACGGUGAAAGACAAGACAAAACACAUGAUGACAACAAAAAGACAGAGGAGGUAAAGGAAGUCAUCAUAGAAGAAAUGCAGAAGGAAAAUGAUUCGCAAGUCCCUCCUUUGACACAAGAGGAUCUGAAGUCAAAUGCUGCUAAGCCCAACAUACUAGAUAGUGACAAUGAUGAUGAUAGAAACAAAUCUCCAGAACCAUCCAACCAGCACACAACAUCAACUGGGGAAACAGGUGAUCAUCAUACAGGCGCAAAUAAUCAAGAGUCUGAUUUACAGAGAAGCGAGUCUAAAGGUCUGCAGGUCACCGAACCUGGAAUGACUGAGUCUGGGGAUCAUCCUGCCGGAGUCCAGUCAGUCAACCAAUCAUGUGAGGAGUCACACAGUCAGAAAACAGCAGAGAAAAGUGGUGAGGAAGUAUUGAGUGACAUGUUUGAUAAUUAUAUUUUUGGAGACAGUGUUACUCCUGCCCCUGUCCCCCCAGUGGUAACAAACACUGACGGCUGCGUUCAAAGUCCAAAUGACUUGUUUGAUACACCAGACGAUGAAGCAAGUCAACUUGAGUGUGGAGCAUUUUCUGAUAACAACCAGGAACCUCCUGGUGAUGUGUUCUCAUCUUCUGUGAGCGACACACAUUUGUCAACAGGUGCUUCUUCUGAAAGUCUGACCCUACUUGACUCUCAGCCAUUAUCAACUGAGAAUGAAGAGAUUCUCCAUUCGGCAGAUCAGCCGACUGUCCCCAGUGACGCACCUCUAAACCAAGAUGAGUCUCAAACUUCAGAUUCUUUUUUCACAAACAACGUGACAAUGGAGCAGGGAGCUGAUCUGGACAUAUUCAACCUUAAUGAUGUUAUGUUCAGUCAGCCGCCUUCUGUUAAUGUGUCUAAUGCUUCCAUAACCCAAACAUCCACUUUCUCCGAUGAUAUCUUUGGAUUGAGUGACACCUCAAACCGUACAGACGUGUUUGCAGCGCUUCAGAGCAGUUCAGCCCCCUCUGAUUCAUUGCAUGAUGUAUUUGGUUCAGAUGUGUUUUCCACUUGUGCUCCUUCAGCUCAGGUAGAUCUAUUUGGUGAUGAUAUCUUUGCAUCAGGACCAGUGCUGCUGUCAGUUUCUGGGGCAAGUGAUGAAGCCUCAUUUAUGGACAGUCUGUUGGUGUCAGAAAGCAAAAAUACUGAGAAAGCAGCAGGAAACACGGUCACAAACAGCAGCUGGAUGGAUGACCUGCUUGGGUGAUAACAGGACUUUCUUGGUAUCAUAAAAAAAGUACUGUAAAUGUCCAGAGAAUGAAAGAAAUCUUGUUAACAUUGUUUCAAAAAGCACAUCUUGAGACAAGAAAAUGAUCCACCACUUAGCAGUUAUAAUAACAGCUAAUAUUGUUUUCAUGGCCCGUUUCGUCUAGUCACCAGGUUGCACCUGCCUUUUACAUAGCCCCUGAAGAUCUGUAAGUUGACAUAUUUUUUCUUGUGAGCACAAGAUAUUUAUUUUUUGCGAACAAGAUAAGAUAUAAACACAACUCAGUGUUGUAUUCAAAGCAUCAGCCAGUCAUGUCUUUACUAAACAGAUAUUAACUUUGUGUGCACAAGAUAAAAAAGUAUCAACUUUAUGGAAUCCAGGAGCUCCGUAGGCUUUCGUCUACAUUUUAAAUGAAUAUAGUCAGCAUUCAAUCCUGUGUCUGCUCCAAUCGGCUGUGAUAGAAAUAUGACACCCUGGUGUUUACGCUAAUUUGGGAAGACAGCGGGGUGAGAGGGGCCUCAGAGGCCUAUUUAGAUGUCUCCUUAUGAUAAAUCUUUCACCACACUCUGAGUUUUUGGCAUGUUUGUGAUAUUUAACAUGACACACCAGGAAAAAAAAGGAAAACUCCUCUACUGGAAAUGGGAAAUGAUUGGAUGGUUCACAAGGGUUUAGAAAACCUUCCUAUACCUAAUUACUGGUUAAAUAGAGGCAUCAGUGUCCUUUUACUCAAACUGUUUGUAACUUUAACAUGAUCUGGUGAAUAUGUCUCCAUGUUACUGUUGCGUGUAAAGAAGAUUGCACAUAUUAUUUCUCAUAAAUACACAGGUGAAAAAUGAGUCAAGAGUAAUAACUAAGUUUAAUCAGAUUGUUUUUCAAAUAUACUACUUCUAAUUCCACUAUUACAAUCAGCAACAUUGAUACCAAAGUAUAAUGCAAUGAAAAUCCACUCAAAAAUGUAAUUAACAACUUGGCUUUGAGCUUGAAGACACAUCACUAAACAUAAUGCUUGAUUUGAUGAUUAAAACAGAUGUUAGUAUAAAAUAUUAUUCUUAAAUCCCUAUCAACCUUUAUCGUAUCUUUCAAGCAGCAGUGUCUUGUCGAAGUUGAUGUUUGAAGAGAGGAGACGCAGACCCAGAACUUGCAGCAUAACAGAAUUUAUAACACAGAAGUUUCACAAGUCAGCCCAGAGAAAUCACACAGGCCAAAUAGUGAAAAUCUGAUUUGCCUUUGAAAGGCAAGUACUUUUAUUGGGGGAGUUGUUUACCACAAACCUAUAGAUAAAAUGACGUCACACAGCAGGGCCUUCUGCCUAAAUUUGGAAAUGUUCCUUAAGAUUUAGGGAACUGCUGAAAACCAUCUCUCCUCUUAUUAUUCCAUAGGCGGUUCAAGGAUAGUUCAGACAAGGAGAAACAAACAGAACACAUCUGGAAAUAAUACUUAAAGGUCUGAACAUAAGACUUAUCAUUAUUAUAUUUAAUAAAGUCUUGGGACAUCCAUGUGUACAGGUGUUACUGAUUGUUAACCUGGCUAAGAGGCAGCAUAACUGAAUACAACGAAAGAGGAACAAGAAUGGAUCCCUGAGGGACACAUCGCAGCUGAGCCUUUUAUUAAGCAGAGUUAUUGAGAGGUCCAGAUUUAUUUCUUAUGGAGAGGUAUGAAUGUAGUGAGCUAAAAGCAGUGCCCUUAAUAUAAAUAUCAACUGCAUCAAAGAGAUCUCAAAUUCACACACAAGAGGUCAAAAGAAAGAACACACACAUACAGUAAAUUGAAUGUAAAUUGUUGUUUACAGCUUUAGAUAUUCUGUGGCACUGCGCCUAAUGCCGGCUCUGUAUACACUGGGAAAAUGAUUUGCUUUGAAUGAAUAUAAUGAUUAAACAAUCUAUGAUAAAAUUA